AUGAAUGCGAGAACACGUUUUUUAAUCGUCGGGAUGCUUGUAUCCGGUGUCUGCAAUACGUUGCUAAACAAACUUCAAGACAUGCAAUGUGUUGAGAACUGUGAUGACAAAGACCCUUCCAAGCGCGAAUACUUUGAGCAGCCUGUGUGGCAAACUUUGAACAUGUUCAUAGGCGAGACUCUCUGUUUCAUCGCUAUAUACAUUCAAAUGAUUCUAGAUUCGUACAAAGAGGAAAAGGAUGUUGAUCGGCCUCUAGCAGUUGAGAGAACGUCAACUGACGACUCUAUUGAACUGGAAGACGAGUACGUGCCCCGGCAAGAAGAGUUAUCUGGAUGGAAAAUAUUUCUAUUUUGGAUACCGACACUUUGCGACAUCUGUGGAACUACGCUUAUGAACGUCGGUCUUAUUUAUACGUCAGCUUCUGUAUAUCAAAUGCUUCGCGGAGCAGUAGUUCUCUUCACUGGCAGCUUUUCGGUAAUCUUCCUCAAACGAAGACUUUUGCCGUAUCAUUGGUUCUCUCUCUUUUUAGUGGUAUUGGGUGUUACAGUCGUAGGCCUCUCAAGCGUUCUGUUUCCACCACUCAGACCAGCUGAAGACGAUGUUUUGACCACUGGUGCCCCUUUCGCCCUGAUCGGCGUCAUAUUUGUUCUGUUUGCUCAAGUAUUUACAGCUUCUCAGUUUGUAAUAGAAGAAAAGCUUGUAGAAAAAUAUAAUGUUAGUCCUCUUCGCGCUGUAGGACUCGAGGGCAUUUUUGGAUUGACGACCAUAACAUUUGGGACAAUUAUAUUUUACUAUAUGUAUGGAAUUCAUCAUCCGGGAGGGUAUUUUGACAUUCCCGCUGGUUGGAAUCAGAUCAUAAGCUUUCCUCAAAUAUGGCGUGCGGGCAUUGCUAUCUGCUUUUCUAUCGCAUUCUUUAACUAUUUUGGGUUAGCAGUUACAAGGACUGUCAGUGCCACUGCAAGAAGUACGAUCGAUACAUCCAGGAUUGUAUUUGUUUGGAUGGUUUCAUUGCUUUUGGGUUGGGAGAUAUUUUCAUGGUUACAAGUAUUAGGGUUCGUUAUCCUCGUUACCGGCACAUUUAUUUUCAAUAAUGUUAUAGAUCCACCAAGUUGUCUCUCUGAAGGCCGUGCUGAAGAGCGUAGACCGCUAAUUCGUAGAACCUCUGAAGACAUGUUGUAA